ACGUGAAAAGUUUAUUAGGAAAACUUGACGAACCAACGUGAAUAUGUGACAGUGAAGAUGAAGAAGGUCUGUAUGGUGGCUCCCAUGUUCUCCGCACACCAUAAGCGGACACAGACUGGGGAGACCACCGAGAGGAGAUGCAAGCAGGACUCCAGCAAGAGCUAAUGAGCUAACAAUAGCAAUCAAGCAGGAACUGUACGUUGAACUUUUACCCACACCUGUUGUUCAAGAUAAACAGUAAAAGUUUUUGACCUUUGUAUCAUGACGACUCCACCCGUACAUAAGGAUUUCAUCUUGCUCUCAUACAGCAAUGAGGACAUAAACUUCCAAGAAUGACUUCUAAACCAGGAUGAGAAAACAGACAGACAUCAGAAGUCAGAGAUGAUGUUUGAUUGAAGACUAAGGACAGACACGGAGGAGAGAACAGAGUAUAAACAUGUCAAGCGCUGACACCAGAGUGAUUUUUGCCCACAAUCCUCCUUGCAGAAGAAGAUGGAGCAAAGAAAACCCCCCUAUGAUGAGGAUUGUUCUGCUGGGGAAGAGCGUGUCAGAAAACAGUCAGAUGGGAAACUUCCUGUUGGGACGUGCAGCGCUUGACAGUGAAGCUCCUCCAGGUGUUGUAGAGAGAGUUGGAGGAAGAUUGAAGGACAGACAUGUGAUGGUCAUCAACAGUCCUCAGCUGCUCCAGACACAUCUGUCACUCCGUCACAUCACACAGACAGUGAAAGAGUGUGUGUCUCUGUCUGAUCCAGGACCUCAUGUGAUCGUUCUGCUCCUCAAACAUGAUCAGUGUUCAGCAGAAGAUCAGGAGUGUGUGGAGAAGGUGCUGGACUCUUUCUCUGAGAGGGUUUAUCAACACACCAUGGUGCUCACCACACAAGAGCCCACUGAAACCAAUGACAUCCUACAGAAGAUCAUUCAGAAAUGCUUCAACAGACACUUCAGUCUUCAGAGAAGAAGCUCUCCUGAUGAUCUUCUGCAGAUGUUUGAGGACAUUGUGAAAAUUAAUAAUGGAUGUCACCUGGAUUGUGCUGAAGCUUCACAGUAUUUCUCAAUGGAGCAACAAGCCACAGAAAGACUUUCAGAGGGUGUGAUGCUGAAUCUGGUUGUGUGUGGAAGUGACAGGACAUUAAAAUCCUCCAUAUCAGAGCUGAUCCUGCAGCAGACAGACAGAAAAUCAGAUGUGGAUCUUCAUAGACGUCAGAUCCGUCUGGUGGAGCUUCCAGCUCUUUUCAGCACUCGUCUCUUAGAGGAGGAAGUGAUGCGUCUGACUCUCCGCUGUGUGUCUCUCUGUGAUCCUGGAGUUCAUGUUUUCCUCCUCAUUAUUCCUGACACUCCACUGACUGAUGAAGACAAAGCAGAAAUGGAGGAGAUCCAGAGGAUAUUCAGCUCCAGAAUCAACAAACACAUGAUGAUCCUCAUAAUGCAGAGUUCAGAGCAUCAGACAGCAGAACUCGAUGAAGAAACACAGUCUGUCAUUGAGAGUUUUGGAGGACGACAUCAUUUCUUUGGUCCCAACACACAAGUGUCCACAUUGAUGGAGAACGUUGAGCAGAUGCUGGAAGAAAACAGAGGAGAGUUUUACUCCACAGAGACAUUUCUGGAGGCACAGAUGAAAAAAUUACUGCAAUUUGAAGACAUGAAGAAGAAAAUUAAUUCACUGGAGACACAUUUACUGUCACCAGAGAGUGAAGAUGAUGUGAGGAUUGUGCUUCUGGGAAAAACUGGAGUUGGGAAAAGUGCAACAGGAAACACCAUCUUAGGAAGAGAUGCAUUUAUAGCAGAAACAUCUCAAGAGUCAGUCACUAAAGAGAUUCACAGGGAAACAACGGAAAUCAAAGGCCGACUUGUUACUGUGAUCGACACGCCAGGACUAUUUGAUCUUGAACUUACUAAUGAGGAGAUCCAGAGAGAAAUCAGCCACUGCAUCUCCAUGAUCCUGCCUGGACCACAUGUGUUCAUCAUUGUGCUCAAUUUAGGACAAAGAUUCACUCAAGAAGAAGCUACAUCAGUGAAGAUCAUCCAAGAUAUGUUUGGUGAGAAAUCUUUAAUGUACACCAUGGUGCUCUUCACCAGAGGAGAUUAUCUGAAGAACAAAAAAAUUGAACAGUGUUUGGGAAAACCUGGAUCUCCUUUGAUGAAUCUGAUUGAAGCGUGUGGAAACAGAUACCAUGUGUUCAAUAAUAAUCAGACUGGAGACCGAACACAGGUGUCUGAUCUACUGGAGAAGAUAGACAACAUGGUGAGAGUGAACGGAGGGAGUUUCUACUCAUGUAAGAUGUUCAGAGAGAUGGAGAGAGAGAAACAAGAACAACAAAUGAAGAUCCUGAUGGACAGAAUCAGAGAAAAAGAAGAACUGAUUAAGAAACAUGAAGAAGAGAAAGAGAGAAUGAAGAUGAUGAUGAAAGAAGAAAGACAGAAUCAGAAGAAAGAGAAAAAGAGAAGAGAAGAAGAACUCAAAAGAGAAAUAAGAGAACAAGAGAAACACCAGAGAGAGAUACGAUAUGAGAUGAGACAAGAACGAGAGAUAUUUAAACAUGAAAUAGAAGAAAUGAGGCAAGAACACGAGAAGUUAAAAACAGAAACAGAAAAACUUCAGAUCAAAUAUGAGUCUGAAAUAGACAGACUGAUGAAUGAGAAUGAGAGAAAGAAAAGAGAAAAAGAGUUUAAUGAAAGAGAAGCUCAACAAAAGACUUUUGAAGAGAAACUAAAACUCCUUGAAGAACAAAAUGAAUAUGAACUAAAGAGAAGACAAGUGGAGAGGAGAGAGGAAAAUGAAAGACAGAUAGAGGAUAUGAAGAUGAUCUGCUCUGAAACUGAUGAUUUACUACAGGUCACAGCUUACAGGAAACUAGAGACCGAAUACAGCAAGUGGUCCUGGAGGCUUUACAGGGCCAUGAUUGAAACUGAGAACAAACUCUACAACAAAACAGAAAAUGAAGCAAUUCAAGAAGUUAAAGAAACUGAUCUUCAAAGAGAACUGAAGAAGACAAGUGAAGAAGUGGAAAAAUCAAUGUCUGAAUUCUUUGAGAAAGACACAGAUGCAGAUAUACUGAUUCAGUGGAAAACAUUAUUUAAAAUCAAAAUCAAAAAGCAUCAGGAUAAAAUUGUGAGAGAAACAAAGAGGAAAUUAACUGAGAUUCUUCAGCAGCGAGAUCUGAAGAAAAAGAUUGAUGAUCAGAGGACACAUCAUGAAAACACUCUCUAUGAAAAGAGCAAAGAACUUGCCUUAAAACUCAAAGACAAAACAAAUGAUGAACAAACACUGAAGAAAGAGUUUGAUUUGUUUUGGGAAAAUUUGAAAAUCUUCAGUGAAGCCAUUGAACCUGUAAGAUAUAUUGAGAAGAAGAGAGAAGAGUACUAUCAUAUUUUCCAGAAAUACUGUCAUGGAGCAACAUCAGUUGUCAUUUUUGGUGAGAUCAUCUGUCAGAAACUUAAAGAGCCCAUUGAGCAGAGUGUCUACAAGAAGACUGCCAGAGAUCUGACGGAUGAAAUGAUGACAAACUGUGAAUCACUGAAUGGAAACAGAUCAAAUCUGGAGAAACACAUCCUGAAGACACUGGCAGAAGAGGAGGAUUUUGACAAAUACAUGAACUACAUUCAUAAACCCAGAGAUCACUUCAAGAGUUUCAUCAGAGAUGAAGUCAGUCGGUACAUCACUGAUAAGUUCAGUGUCAAUGUUUUACCCAAGAUGAAGAAGAACAUUGAACUCCUGCAGCAGAAGAUCAUGAAAGCAGCGCAUGAAUCUACUGAACAUGUUCAAGAGAACAGAGGAGAUGUUGGUUUGUGGUUGAUGAAUUUCACACUGCAGCUCUCAGAUGUGCUGAUCUUCUCUGAAAAAGACCUCAGAGGAGUGAGACAUGAUGAUGAUGAUGAUGAUGAUUUCAAACUUCUAGAAGAUGUGAUAAGACAAGAACUUCCUGCUAUAAUGUCUGAUAUCUGCAGUAGAUUCAACACAGAUAUAUUUGAUGAAAAGCUUUACCUCAAGUUCAGGCCAAAUGAGAUUCUGACCGAUCACUUCUGUCGGUACUGUUGGGUUCAGUGUCCGUUCUGUAAAGCCAUCUGCACCAAAAACAUGGAACAUGAUGGAGAACACAGUGUUCAUAUCCACAGAGUGAGAGGAGUUAAUGGCACAUAUUACCGUUCAACACAGAAUCUCUGUUCUGAUAUUUGUACAAAUUUAGUUUUAAGUGAUCAGUAUUUUAAUACAUCAGAAGGAAAGUUUCCAUAUAGAGAUUACAGAAGAGCAGGAGGAGAUUAUGCCAUCUGGAGAAUCACCCCUGACCUCUCUGAACUGCCCUACUGGAAGUGGUUUGUGUGCAGAUUCCAGAAAGAUCUGGAAAAAUACUACAAUAAAACAUUUGAGAGUUAUGGUGAGAUUCCAGAUGAAUGGAAAAAGUACUCAAAACAUGAAGCUAUUCAGAGUUUGGCUCAAUAUAUCUGACCCUUAUGUCUCAUCUCAGAUUCUCUUAAGAUCACAGGUUGAGACACAGUAAGACUCUGAACUCAUCUAUACCUCAUCACAGAGAACAUGAAGCGUACGCUGAAUACAAGCUGGUAAAGAACAUAUUCAAUCUAAAAGUGUUCUGGCUCCAGAUUCACAGAAAUCUUUUUAAGAAAGAAGUUAGGAUAAAUUCUAAAACAUUCAAAGUUUUCAAAUAUUCUCAUAAGUACAUCUUUUUUUUUUCUUCAUAAAAAAUUGUAUGCUUUGGUGUUAUUUUAAAGGCUGGUGAUUGCUGAAAUGAAAAGCAUCUUAAUUCUUUUAGAAAUGAUUACUGUAGUUAUCAUAAUUAGCACACAGACUAUUUUGGUUGUGACAUUUUUAAUAGGAGUUGUGGUUGGUUGUGGUUUAAUGGGAGUGCAUCACUCAGUGUUAUGUUAAAAUAGUCAUCUUGGGCCACAGGUCUGGAAACACCAUGGAUGGACGUCUAGUCAAUCGCAGGGCUCACACAAACAAACACAUUCACACAAUUUGGUGUCUCCAUUUGACCUAUGCUUUGGUUUGUGAGGUAAACCAGAGCACAUGGAGGAAACACAGGGAGAACAUGCAAACUCCACACAGAAAGGCCUCAUAGCUGAGCUGGCGCCAGUGCACUCACUACACACCCACUAUAGGUGGAGAGAAGAGAGAGUAAUCGAGCCAAUUCACUGGUUGGGGAUUAUUAGGAGUCCACGAUUGAUAAGGGCAAUGGAGGGAAUUUGGCCAGGACACUGGGUUAUACCACUACUCUUUACAAGAGGUGCCAUGGGAUUUUUAAUGAUCACAGAGAGCCAGGACCUCAAUUCUCAGUCAUUUGAAGGAUGGUGAUUGUUACAGUAUAGUGUCCCAGUCACAACACUGGGACGUUGGGACCCACACAGACCACAGGGUGAACACCCCCUGCUGGACUCACUAACUCCACUUUCAACAGCUACCUAGUUUUCACAGGAGGUCUCCUAUUCAUGCACUAACCAGGCUCAACACUGCUUAGCCUUACGCCGGGCACACACUGCAUGAUUUUUAAAGUCUUGGGACCGCUGUUCUUCUCACACCACAUGGAUGUCUGGAAUACCACUUAGUUGCUGUUGUGUGCAAACUACAUGAUGGAUUAGCAACAGGGUCACACAUUACACAACUUUUCAAUAGGAAGAAUCAUCCACAACUCUGUCUGGUUAUGAACCUAGAUCAGCAAUGAACAAAGACCAUUUUCAGUCCUUUCAGAUAAUUUACCCUAGAAACAUUGCAUUUUUUUAACCUGCUUGAAUUUGAUCAGAAUGAGAUUUAACAGAUAUGCUUAUGUGUGAACAGUGCCUAUACAAUGCCAUCAUACCCUGUGAAAAUCGUUUGUAUUGACGCCGUUACAAACUGUAUGCUAAUUGUCAAUCAUCUUUAACAUCUCAAAAAAUGUGCUUUAGGGGGUAACAGACAAGCUUGUUACUAAGUCUUUUGUCUGCAGUUUUCUUCCUCAUAGGGGUGCUAUGGUGCCUAAAUGAGCUACUUAAGUAAAGGUGAGGCAGUAGAGGAAGUUAGCAUAGUAGCAGCAGUAGAAAGCAUUGCUUGACUGCAUAUGUGCUAUGUCCUGGUUGGGAAAUGUUCCAUUUCAAGCUCAGUUUAAAAUAAGGAUGUGUUUUCUUUCCUGUUAUUUAAAAACGUUAUUGAACUUGUUUGACGUUAUUGAAGCCCAUAUGGAUGUAAGCUUGUGGCUUUUGGCUUACUUAUGGCUUUACCGGAAGAGUCUGGAGCUUGAGAACUGUUAUUGUGUGGUGUGAAUUCAUCACCAAUAGUUGGAUUAUUUAUCGGCUAAGGGACAACUUCAAUUUUGGACAUUGUUGGAUGAACUUCCUACCCUCAAAUAAGACUCUCACACACAUCCAUUUUCACAUUAUUGAACUGUGCAACUUAAUGCUCAAUUUCUGCAAUGCACCUAUCCAUUACAUUGUUUUGUAUAAUGUGAUUGAUUGUCAUUUUCUUGUAUUUUCUUUUUGUGUGGUAAUAAUAUAUUUUUUUUUUUUUUC